CUCAUCGCCACCGCCGCGGCGGCCCGGCCGGCCGGCGCUAUAUAUAUAACAGAAGAAGAAGAAGAAGAGGCCGAGAGCGAGAGUCCUCGCAAAGCGACGCCGCCGGCCUGGUCGAGCUCGCCGCCGUCGAGCAAUUACGUCCUCCAUCGGUCUCCCGUUAAUUAGUUCGUCGUCACAAGGAGACGUCGUCGACCGAUGUCGAGGCUGCAGAGGUCGUCGGUGUCGUUCCGGCGGCAGGGCUCGUCGGGGCGCAUCUGGGACGACCCGCUGCGGGGGAGCCUGGACCUCAAGACCCUGUCGACGCCGCGGUCCGCGACGGCGGCCGCCGUGGCGCCGCUACACUACCACCACCACCACCACCCCGACGCCAGCAUCCUCGCCGGGGACCCCUCGCCCCGCGUCGUGUCCCGCUCGAUGAUGCGCCACGGCGGCGGCGCCGUCGGGUUCGGGGGCGCGGGCGCCUCGUCGCCGUCAGCUGCCGUCAUCGUGGAGAGCCCGGCGGCGGCCUCCGAGUCGCCGGCCACCGUCGUCGUCGGGCCGGACGGCGAGCGCCACGAGCGGCACGCGAGGCGGCGCCGGAAGAUCUCGUCGGCGUUCUGCGCCUGCAUGGGCCAUCCCCCGGCGUCGCACGCGCAGCAGUAGCGUGUGGGGCGCGGGAUUAUAUAUGUAUAUAUAUACAUCUACCAACGGAGACGACGCAUAUAUAUAUGCGGCAGGAUCUGUGCAUAAGAUGCGUGGAUUAUUGCGCU